CUCCGUCCCGUGCCCUUCCUUCGUCUUACUGCCGCCCUCCUCGCAUAUUCGCGCGCUACGUCUCCUCCCUGUAGCUUAGCGAGAGCACUCCAUUUCUCCGGCCUCGAAUUCGCUCCGCACCCCACCGUACAGCCUCCGUGUCAUCAAGUAACCGGAUCCGACGUCUCCGUCCGGCCAAGCAGCCAUCUCUCCCCCCUGCCGACAAUGACAUCCGAGCCCCUGCGCGGCGAGCCGGCCCGGCCCAGCUCGCCGACAGGCAGCUUUUAUGCCAUGAGCGACGAUGAGGAGGGCGAGUACGAUACCAUCACUCACACCGAAACCGGUCGAGGUGUGAAGCUGCUGUUUUCGAAGAGCAAGGUUUACGUCCAUCCCACGCCGUCCGCCAAGGACAAUAUAUGCGGCUACAUCGCGCUGCUACAGCAAAAGGGUCACCGUGGCGAGCGACCGACAUCCUCCUCCUCCAUGUCGUCGAACCCUCCGGCAUCAUCUGACCUCCUGCUUGCCUGGUUGCCCGAUUCCGCCCUCGGCGAGGCUGCCAGCAUCUACGUCAAGGUAGACCUGACCGAUGCCGAAUCUCCACCGAAACAGAGCUACCUCGUGCCCCCUCCCCCCACCGUCACUACCCACGAAGGGUCUAUCGGCCACUACGCCUUUGCUAUCCCGGUCAGCGCCAUAUACUCCUUGCUGGUUCGCCCUCCGAGUUUAGGGUGGUGGUUUGGAUCUCUCGUCAUCAACACCAGAGCCGGGGACAGCUUCCCCGCUUUGUUCUUUCACGAUAGUGAAUGCCAGUCGACUAUACUGCAGAAGAAGAAGCGAGCUAGGGAAAGCUUCGACCCUUUCGGUGAAGAUGGGCAAAUGUUCUGGGGGGGAGACGAAGUUCUCCGCUGGCUGAAACGCUAUACCCACAUCGAAAGGAGCGGGGCCGAGCCGAACAUUUAUCUGGUAGAGCCGACUAAGGAAGACAGCGAGGCCUUCGGCGGUAAAUUGACUUCCAGUACGCCUUCCCAGAUCGGGCGGCGGGACAGCUCUCAAGGCAUCACCACCCGCCGUCCUACCGGCCCUUCGUCGGCGGGCCCUAGCGGCCGUAACGAUGCCGGCAUGGAUCCCGUCAUGAAGUUUGUCAAGGAGACCGGGUGGAACCUCCUCGAGAAAUUCAGCAAAGUCACGACCUUCACCCGUAGGACGGCCCUGGACAUAAUCGACAAUCCCAGGGUCCCGCCUCAGGUACGGAGGUUGAUGAUAAACCCCGAGGUGCAGACGCUGCAGGAGGAAUUCGAUAGUGCUAGGAUCUACCUAGCACGAUGGGCUAUGGGGAUAGCCGAACAGAGUGAGAGGGACCGAAGCCGAAGAAUAUGGACCGCUCGCGAUGUUAUGGAGCUCGAGGAUACCGAUGUCGGGGAAUUCGAGUUGCUAGAGACGAGCUCCCUAUCCCUCCAGGAAAGGAGGAGAACGGUGACCCUGAAGGAGUGGAACACCUUCUUCGACCCCCGAACCGGGCGCCUUACGAUGACAAUCGACGAAGUCAAGGAGCGUAUCUUCCAUGGCGGCCUCGACCCGGAAGACGGUGUUCGCAAAGAGGCCUGGCUGUUCUUGCUCGGUGUGCAUGAUUGGUACAGCACGAGCGAGGAGCGUAGAGCGCAGAUUGCGUCCUUGAGAGACGAGUAUGUCAAGCUCAAGGCUUCCUGGUGGGAACGGCUGGUGGACAACGGCGGUCAAGGCGAGGAUGGCGAGUGGUGGCGCGAGCAGAAAGCCAGGAUCGAGAAGGAUGUUCAUCGAACCGACCGCACGGUCCCGAUAUUCGCGGGGGAAGACAUCCCGCACCCCGACCCCGACUCGCCAUUUGCUUCGGUCGGCACCAACGUCCACAUGGAGCAGAUGAAGGACAUGCUGCUUACCUACAACGAGUACAACGGGGACCUUGGCUACGUCCAGGGCAUGUCGGACCUUCUCGCACCCGUCUAUGCCGUUAUGCAGGACGAUGCGGUCGCCUUCUGGGGUUUCAAGCAUUACAUGGACCGCAUGGAACGCAAUUUCCUGCGCGACCAGUCUGGCAUGCGAAACCAACUCCUCACCCUUGAACAUCUAGUCCUCUUCAUGGAUCCUAAACUAUACGCCCAUCUCGCGUCUGCCGAGAGCACCAAUUUCUUCUUCUUCUUCCGCAUGCUGCUAGUCUGGUAUAAGCGCGAGUUCGAGUGGAUGGACGUCCUUCACCUGUGGGAGGUACUAUGGACGGACUACCUGACCAGUAGCUUCCACCUGUUCGUCGCUCUCGCAAUCCUGGAGAAGCACCGAGAUGUGAUCAUGAAGCACCUACGACAGUUCGAUGAGGUUCUCAAGUAUAUUAACGAACUGUCGAACACGAUGGACCUUGAGUCAACAUUAAUGCGCGCGGAAGUCUUAUUCCGCCGCUUCCACCGACUGAUCGACACUAUAGACAAGAAGCAGAACUUCCCGGGGCCAAGGGUUCUCAGGGAUGCACCGCCACCGAAUUCAGCGUCGUCAAGCCGGCCGGAGGUCGCUAACGCAAAGCCGCCAGGCGAACAACAGCAAAGGACGAUCACCCCCGAGCUGCGAAAGCUGCUUAGUAGGGAUGUAGAGGUGCUACCCAAGAGGAGAAAAGGCGAUCCCGUCACCCCUGGCGCUACCUAGGUGAUGGUUUGAGUAAGUGCUUUAGCUAAGUACAUACAUAAAGUGAAUGGCGGUUGCA